UUCGCGACUUUCCAGUUUAGCGCCCCUAGCGGUCAGGAGGUGAUUUCAAAACAAAGAUGGCUGCCUAUGGGGUCAUGACCCAUAUGAUAUGAAAGCAUUGAAAAGCGAUAAAUAUACAUUAAAUUCACAACGUAAACAUAAUCAAAGGAGAAACAAACACAACAAAGAUGCCUCAUCAUUGCUGUGUGCCGUUGUGUACUAGUGACUCUAGAGUGAAAUCCUCGCAGGAUCUUUCUUUCCAUUCAUUUCCCAAGGAUGAAAGUUUGAAACAGAAAUGGGUAAAGAACAUUCGAAGAGACAUUGGUAAGAACUUUAAUUUGAACAAGCAUACAAGGAUAUGUUCAGCUCAUUUUGAGGGAACUUGUUAUGAAGUGGCUGUGCCAGGACAAGUGCGUAGAAGGUUGAAAAAAGACGCUCUGCCCACAAUAUUUUCAUGGGUCACGCCAAAAAUUCCACGUAGAAAGCUAUUCAGGGACAAAACACCUAAGACGCUGAAAGUGACAGAAAGUGGUCAAAGGUGUGUCUCUGGCAGUUCAUUCAUGAUAGAUCAUUCAUACUCUGGACCAAGUGACAAUAUGGACUAUGUCAUUGAUGACUGUGACAUACAGGAUGUUUCUCCUUCGCCAGAUACCUUGAACACUAGUAAGCAAUCUUCAUCUACAGAUGACAGCCUUCAAGACAUUGAAGCAGACCCUUCACCACACAAAGAGGACCUCUUCAAGCAGCACAAAGCCCUGCUGCAUGCAAGAUCUAAAGAAAAGUUUACAAUUGUGCGGUUCUGUUCUUCUGAUAGUGACAUCAGAUAUUACACAGGCUUCCCUUCAUACACAGCUAUGUGUGCUUUCUUUCACUUCCUUCAGCCUGAAUGUAACUUUUUGUACUAUGUUGGUUCGGAAAAUACUUCUCAAGGUAAAGCGUAUGAGUUUGUGUCGAAGAGGGGGCCAUCCAGAUCUCUGUCUCCCCUAGAGGAACUUUUUCUCACAUUGGUCCGCCUUCGAAAAGGUCUUCCAGAGAAAGUAAUUGCAGACUUGUAUAACUUAUCUGAAGGACAUAUUUCGAAGAUUGUGAAUACCUGGAUUCUUUUCCUGUUUGACAGGUUAAGGUGCCUACCAAUUUGGCCGUCCCACAAACAGGUGCGAAAAACAAUGCCCAUUUCAUUCCGGACUGAUUACCCUGACACACGAGUCAUUAUUGACUGUACAGAGAUAUUCAUUGAACAGCCGUCAGCAUCAGUGUGCCAAAGGGAAACAUUUAGCUCCUAUAAACACCAUAACACUGCCAAAGGACUCGUGGGUAUAGCACCCAGUGGCCAAAUUACUUUCAUCUCAAGUUUAUAUGCGGGUAGAUGCAGUGACAAAAAAAUUGUAAGGCACUGUGGCUUAUACGAUAUUCUGGAGGAGGGAGAUUCAGUCAUGGCCGACAAAGGUUUUGAUAUUGAAGAGGAUUUGAAGGAGAGAAACCUAUCGUUAACAAUCCCCCCGUUUCUUGAGAACCAGGCUCAGUUCACCUCCCAACAGCUUGCGGCGACAAGGAACAUAGCCGCAGUACGAGUGCAUGUGGAACGAGCAAUAAGAAAGGUGAAAGAAUUUGAAAUACUCAGACACACAGUCCCAAUAUCACUUUGCCCAAUGUUGGAAAAAAUUUGGACGGUUUGUGCUCACUUGGCCAAUUUCACUGGUAGCUUAUUUAAGAAUAAAUAAAAAGGUCCUCUUUGUGGUUCUGUCAGAAAACUUGUUUGAACAGUUACAAUUUACAAUGGCUUUUGUGGCACGCUAGAUGGGAAGCCGGCCUUUGUGAUUUUGCAGAAACUGAACAAGUGUUAUUUCAUAUGUGUGUUCAGUAUUAAAUAUUGUGUUAAAGUGUAAAUAUAAUUAUAGUAAGAUUACAGAAGAAAAAAAAACAAUAUCAUUGAAAAUUUAAUACAGAAAACUGUGAAAAGUCCUGAAUUCAUAUGUUUAUAUUUUAUUUUAACCCUUUUAGUGCUAGAACCAAACUUUAAUGGCCUUUACUUUUUACAGUUUGGAUCCUGAUCAGAUGCCACUAAAUGAUAUUUUGAUAGUGUUUUUUGAAAGAAAGUUAAAAUGAUAUUUUUAGAAAUUCAGCAGAUAGUUAAAAUUAUAUUUUUAGAAAUUCAGCAGACGACAUAUUUCCCAGCAUUUACAGUGUUAACCAUUUGGACACGACUGUCAGAUUAAUGUGAAAUAUCAAGAAAUGAUUUCCAUAAUUUUUAUUUUUGUCAGCAUGCAAACCUGAAAUUUCCCUGAAAAUUGGCUCCUAAUAUGGAUAUGAACUAAAUACUUAGUUAAUGCACCUUGAAUCACUUUCAAUUUCAUACAUGUAUAGAAUAACAUAGCCCAUGAUGGAACUAGAAUCAGGAUUUUUCAAAUAAUUAUUGACUCUAUAUUGAUAUAUCUUAUAAUAAAGUUAUAAAACAUACAUGUCUGGUCCUCUAUUUCAUAUUCUACUGCAUUUGAUAUAUUAUCCUAUUUAUAGGCUAUAAGACUGAUUUGGAAAAUACACAACAUAGUUAUAAUAUUAAAAUUAAAAUGUUGCCUAAACCCUUACUGCAUAAGAACCUGUAAAAAAAUUUAGUGACUUAUUGAUCUGCUGGCAAUAUUAGAUAAUGCACACUUAAAACUGCAGGUGGCCACUGUAAUCCCAAUCAAUGCCAAUAAACAAGGGGUCAUAGAUCCCCUAGUGACUGUGUAGACGAGAGUUGAUCAGCUGGAUAUUGCUUAAGGCCAUGUGCCAUAUGAAGGAUGUCCCAUAAUUUAUGACACCUUUUUAUCCAUUGUUGCCAAGGACUUCCCAUAGUUACAAAGAAUUUUGCAAGAUGUUUAUAUGCAGAUUUGUUAUUCUGUAUCAUCUAUAUAGUGCUGAUGAAACACUGAGUGUAUGAAUGUUUGGUCACAUCACUUUUUUUUUAGUCAUUAUCAUUCAUCUUUAUGGAAUAGAAAUUAAAGAGUUUAGAAUGUCAUUUAAGAAAUGAAAUAAUGAAUUGUCAUAAUAUUAUGAAGUCCAAACUAAUGUUUAUAAUUUGAGAUAUAAAUUAAAUUAUAUAUAGCUAUAGCUCUACUUCAGAAAAUACUUGUAAUUAAAUUUGAUAUUUAAUAUUUAUAUAUCUUUUCCUAAUGUUUGUGUUAAUUUGAGAUAGCAACAUUUAUUACUGCUAUUCUUCAGAAGAACCAAAAAAUGACCUUGAAUAUGAAGAUUUAUUUUAAUCUGCAGACAAUUGUUUUUUCCUAAUCAAUUGUCCUUGUUAUUUAUUAAAGCUAAACCUCUGUUAAAAUAUUAGGUCAUCUCUUGAUUUUGAUUAUUUAUAAAUGAUGCUUAUUUUUAGUGCUUUUAUUUGUUGAUAUAUUUAAAUAAUAAUGUUAUUCCUCAAAUGUGCAUAGAACGCUUAAUAAAAUUUUUACAUAG